AUGGAAAACAACCUGGUGCUGAUGAAGAAGGCUCAUCAACAGCCCUGGAGCAUCCGUAACCCCAUUCAGAUCUCCGUGGUCAAGUUCCUCCUCAUUGGGCAGGAUGACAAGGGGCCCAAGGUCACCAGCAACGCUGCCCUUACCCUCCGCAACUUCUGCGCCUGGCAGAAGAAGUGGAACAAAGUCAGCGACAAGCACCCCGAGUACUGGGACACCGCCAUCCUCUUCACCAAGCAGGACCUAUGUGGUGCCACCACCUGUGACACUCUGGGGAUGGCAGAUGUGGGCACCAUGUGUGACCCCAAGCGCAGCUGCUCUGUCAUCGAGGACGAUGGGCUGCCCUCAGCUUUCACCACCGCCCAUGAGCUGGGCCACGUCUUCAACAUGCCCCAUGACAAUGUGAAGGCCUGUGAGGAGGUCUUCGGCCAGCUGAAGACCAACCACAUGAUGUCCCCCACCCUCAUCCAGAUCGACCGGGCCAAACCCUGGUCAGCCUGCAGCGCUGCCAUCAUCACUGACUUCCUCGACAGUGGCCACGGGGACUGCUUGCUGGACCAGCCCACCAAACCCAUCCCACUGCCCGAAGACCUGCCGGGGACAAGCUACAGCCUGAACCAGCAGUGUGAGCUGGCCUUCGGGGUGGGCUCCAAGCCCUGCCCCUAUAUGCAGUACUGUGCCAAGCUCUGGUGCACGGGUAAGGCACGUGGGCAGAUCGUGUGCCAGACUCGGCACUUCCCCUGGGCCGAUGGCACUGGCUGUGGCGAUGGGCGCUUCUGCCUGAAGGGAGCCUGCGUGGAGAGGCAUAACAUCAGCAAGUACAGGGUGGACGGUGGCUGGGCCAAGUGGGCUCCCUACGGGCAGUGCUCCCGGACGUGCGGUGGUGGGGUGCAGCUGGCAAAGCGGGAAUGCACUGACCCGGUGCCGGCCAAUGGGGGCUCCUACUGUGAGGGAAUCCGCGUCAAGUACCGCUCCUGCAACCUGGAGCCCUGCCCUGCUGCAGUGCCAGGGAAGAGCUUCCGUGAGGAGCAAUGUGAGGCUUUCAAUGGCUACAGUCACAGCACCAACCGCCUCACUGCCUCCGUCUCCUGGGUCCCCAAAUACUCCGGAGUCUCACCCCGGGAUAAGUGCAAGCUCAUCUGCCGGGCUAAUGGCACCGGCUACUUCUACGUGCUGGCACCCAAGGUUGUGGAUGGUACCCCUUGCUCCCCGGACUCCACCUCGGUCUGUGUCCAGGGCAAAUGCAUCAAGGCGGGCUGUGACGGGAAGUUGGGCUCCAAGAAGAAGUUCGACAAGUGCAGUGUCUGUGGAGGAGACAACAAGAGCUGCAAGAAAGUCUCGGGCUUGUUCACCAAACCCAUGCACGGCUACAACUUCGUGGUGGUCAUCCCUGCAGGUGCCUCCAACAUUGACAUCCGGCAGCGGGGUUACAAAGGGCUGAUCAGCGAUGACAACUACCUGGCUCUGAAGAAUGCACAGGGCAAGUACCUCCUGAAUGGCCACUUCAUCGUCUCGGCCGUGGAGAGGGACCUGAUGGUGAAGGGCAGCGUCCUGCGCUACAGCGGCACCGGCACCGCUGUCGAGAGCCUCCAAGCCUUCAAGCCCAUCCAGGAACCCCUGACUCUGGAGGUGCUCUCCGUGGGGAAGAUGACCCCUCCUCGGGUACGCUACUCCUUCUACCUCCCCAAGGAGAGCAAGGAGGACAAGGCCUCCUACAAGAAGGAGGGCAAGACCCCACCAGACCUCAACAACAGUGUGCUCAGCCUGUCCAACCGCCUGGAUGGCGGGAGACCAAGCUACAAACGUCCCUCCUACAAGUGGGCGGCGGGUGGUUGGGAGGCCUGUUCCGUCACCUGUGGCGAUGGGCUGCAGAAGCGCUCGGUGGCCUGUCGCGAUUCCUACGGGCAACCGGCUGCUGAGUGCGACGCGGCGCAGAGACCCCCUGACGUCCGGCUCUGUGGGGAGCCCUGCCCGGCCUGGGAAGCUGGACCUUGGUCUCCCUGCUCCAAGAGCUGCGGACGGGGCUUCAAGAGACGGGCGUUGAAAUGUUUGGUCCCAACUGGGCGCCUCCUACCCCGGGAGAAUUGCAAUUUUCGGAGGAAGCCGCAGGAACUGGAUUUCUGCACCUUGAGGCCGUGCUGAGCAGGUCAAGGGGUGUCUGCGAGGAAGGGCGUGGUGUUCCUCUAGCUGGGUGCAGCUGAGCAGCAGCCAGGG